GGCUGGGCAUGGAGAAGUCCAAGAGGAACCUGCUCCCGGUUGAAGCGAAGGCACCUCUGCCCGGCCCGGCUCUGCGCUGCCGCGGCCGCCCCCAGGCUGCUCUCGCCGGGCUCGGAGCACAGGAAGAGGCAGAAUAAGGGGAAGCUGCCGCCGGGGCUGUCACCUGCGGGCUGCCUCCAUGGGGCGGGCUGGCUGGGGCUUGCCUCGCCUGUGCGUGCGGUGGGCAGCGCUGCUGCUGGCGCUCUGGCCCUGCUGCGCCCACGGGAACUGGCUGUGGCUGGGCAUCGCCUCCUUCGGGGUCCCGGAGAAGCUGGGCUGCGCCGGGCUGCCGCUGAGCGGCCGCCAGAAGGAGCUGUGCAAGAGGAAGCCCCACCUGCUGCCCAGCAUCCGCGAGGGCGCGCGGCUGGGCAUCCAGGAGUGCCGGAGCCAGUUCCGGCACGAGCGCUGGGACUGCCGCCUCCUGCCCCCCGACGCCGCCGCCGCCGCCGCCUUCUCCGUCUUCGGCGCCGAGCUGAGCAGCGGCACCAAGGAAACAGCCUUUAUAUAUGCAGUGACGGCGGCAGGCCUUGUACAUUCAGUGACUCGAUCAUGCAGUGCAGGAAAUAUGACUGAGUGCUCCUGUGAUACAAACCUGCAAAACGGUGGCUCAGCCACUGAAGGCUGGCACUGGGGUGGCUGCUCUGAUGACAUCCAUUAUGGAAUGUGGUUUAGCAGAAAGUUCUUAGAUGGGCCUAUUAAGAACAUAACUGGAAAAGACGGGAACGGAUUGAUCUCAAUGAACCUGCACAAUAACGAGGCUGGAAGGCAGGCUGUAGCAAAGCUGUUGUCAGUGGAUUGCCGUUGUCAUGGAGUUUCUGGGUCCUGUGCCGUGAAAACUUGUUGGAAAACUAUGUCUUCAUUUGAAAAGAUUGGCCAGUAUUUAAAGGAUAAAUAUGAAAACAGUAUACAGGUAUCGGACAGACUGAAGAAAAAGCUACGCAGGAAAGAAAAAGCCCAACGGAAAAUACCAAUCCGCAAGGAAGAUCUUCUCUACAUAAACAAGUCACCCAACUAUUGUGUAGAGGAUCGCAAACUCGGGAUUCCUGGAACACAGGGAAGGGAAUGCAACCGCACUUCGGAGGGACCAGAUGGUUGCAACCUCCUCUGCUGUGGCCGUGGUUACAACACUCACGUGGUCAGACACGUGGAGAGGUGCGAAUGCAAGUUUGUCUGGUGCUGUUAUGUACGCUGCAGAAGAUGUGAGAGCAUGACUGAUGUUCAUACCUGCAAAUGAGAUACUCUGCCUCCGAAAACAAAGCAACUCCUUCCUGCUGAACAGGACUCAUUCCUCCUGUGUUGGAAUAACAAGAGGAUCAGUCUCAGUAACAGAGCUCACGGAAUGUAUUGUAUUCCAAACAGUUUGGUUUCUAACUGAAAGAGCAACUCAAGAUAAAUAGUAGCCUGCACAAAAUGAUAAAGUAACAGCAAAAAUGGCCAUGCCUUCUGAGAAGUCCAGGUGGAUAGUGACAUAUUUGCAUAUGUAAUGCCAGAGCUAGUUAGGGGUAUUAAACUUUUCAUCAGCAACAGCCAUAACACGAUGAUCAAGAAUUGCCUUAACGUUGUCAAUAAAUAUAGUGGAAAAAAGUCAAGAAGAGGUAUUGGCUUUUAAUGGCCACAGGCUGAAAGGAUACUGGACAUGUGAGAGGUGUCAUGGAGUCCUCACUCCCAUCUGUUUAAUAAUGGGAACCAUUCAGGAGCUAGAAUUGCCCAUGUAUGGCUUGUUCCUGCAUGCUGCUGAAAGAAAUGAGGAUGCAAAGCUCUACUGUUGAACAUGCAGUGCUUGAUUAGCCACUGUGCAGAGGAGCAGUCAUGUAGUGUAAAUGUGUUGGUGCUCAGUAAUGUGAGCUGAGUACUUGGGAGAGUGGGGAUAAUGGGUAUAUUUUGGGUGGAGAUGAGGCAUGGCCAGGCCAUCGGUGCUGGAGUUCGUUCUAGUGAAUGCAAAUAGUGUGCACAGUAGCUGCCAUUUUUAGUAUUUUCACAAGGCUAUUACUCAAAUGUGCUUAGAACAACUGAAAGGGCAGCUGUGUAGGAGAGAAUGGUAGCUGAAGGAAACAGACUGCUGCAGCCAGCUCCUCCAGGUCUCAUAUGUGUGUGGGGCACAGUGUUCUUGCCAGCCCCCUAUCUUUAGCCCCAGUGCCCUCAGCUUACUGUACUGUUGGGUCAAAAUUAACAAGUCACCAUCUUACAGCUAUUUUAGUGGUGGCUUAGCUCUGGUUCUCUUAAUCCUCAGCCACAUCACAUGCAGGAUCAAACCAGGAGAAAUUUAUCAUCAAGGGAAAUAAAUGUCAAAAACAGAACUUUUUUUCCCCUCCUGCCUUUAAGAACAUAAGUAUGGCCAUACUGGAUCAGAUCAAGGAUCCAUCUAGCCUAGUAUCCUGUCUUCUGACAGUGGCUGGUACCAGAUGGUUCAAAGGGAACGAAUGGAACAGGGCAAUUUAUCGAAUGUUCCAUCCCGUCAUCCAGUCCCAGCUUCUGGCAGUCAUACUUUAGGGACUCCCAGAGCAUAGAGAUGCAUCCCAGACCCUCCUGACUAAUCGCCAUUGAUGGACCUAUCCACCAUGAAUAUCUUUGCAGAUAUAGUAGCUAGAAUAUUUCAAUAGAUCACUCCCCAGCCAGUGUUGCUUAUAAAACAAGACCAAAUGCAUAAUGUAUUUGAUAGAUUAUUUUAAUGGUCUGAGCCACUUACUCUACUGGUAUUAUUCCCCCCCCCAUUUUGGGCCCAUUGUUAUUUACAUCUGUGAAAGGAUGGGAACCAUUCAGGGAUUAGACAUUACCCGUGCAGAGCUUGUUCCUGCACACUGCUGAAAGAAAUGGGGAUGCAAAGCUCAGCUGUUGAACAUACAGGAUUUGCUCAGCAACUGUGCAGAGAGGGCCAUGUAGUAUAUGAAAUGCAUCUGGUGCUGAUUGUUUAUUUGUAAUUAUGUGUUAAAUACUGCUUUAAAAGCAUUGUGCGUAAGGGUUUUGGUUGCUGAAAUAUACAAAGAUGUAUUUUUGAUAAGAUAAAGUUUAUAUUUUGUAAAUAUUUAAAUUAUGCAAGUUAUAGAAAAGGCUUUAGAGGCAUAUGUAUUAAGUUCCCUGAACUAACAUAAGAUUACAAUGUUUGACAUUUGCUGGUUAGAUCUCUUACUGUUGCAGUAGCUUUUAACUGACUUUUAUUCACACAUGUAAGGCGAAAAACAUGUAUUUGAGCUAUUACAUAAAUGACUUAUUUCUUAUCAGCAGGGCACUUUUAGAUAUUACAGCUAAAAUACAACCAUUAUGACA